AUGGUGUUAUGUUUUGGGGUAGAAUUUGCAACGAGAGGUUUGAUACCUUACGAUGGUUCCAUUAAUUUUACUCAAUGGUUACAAGAUCAACAUCAAAAUGAUAAACGUAAAAGAAUGUACAAGACUGGUGAAUUGUCUGCUAGAUUUUUACGUGAAGAAGCUAUUCCAGCAAUUAAUGAAGUAGUGCAAAAUUUGGAUGGAACUAUGGAUGUUGUUUAUGAUCUUUUUGAAGAAAGAAUUGAACUAAAUGAUGAAGAUGCCAAAUUUGCAGAUGUAUGGCCUAUUGAAAAUAUUUGGGGCAUUAUGAAAGAAAAAAGAAGAGGAAAAAUAUUUGAAAAUCUUGAUGCAUUAAUUGAUUUUGUUAGUGCAGAAUGA